UAUUCUAUUCUGCGAAUGUGUUUCUUGACAAAUAUUGAACUGGUGAUGUGUUGUGUGUUUGUAAAAAAAAACUGAUCAGCUGAUUUUUAAAAAUGUCCGACGAAGAGAAAAAGACGGAUAAGAAUGCAGAUUCUGUUGAUGAUGCAGAAUUAGACGAUCUUCUUGAUAGUGCGUUGGAGGAUUUUAAUAAAAAGCCAAAGGACGUAAAGAAAGAUGAGACGACGGUCACGACUGCAUCUUCGAUACCAAAAGAAAAUGAAGAGCCAGUUGAUGAGGAAUCCUGGUCGCAAGAUUUUAUCAAACAAGCUGCCGAUCAAUUCGAGAGAAAUCUUCAAAAUCUGAUUCAAAAUGGUGGCGACGGUGAUUUCGGUGCAUCAAUUCAAAGAAUGGCACAAAGCGUACAAAGUGCGAUGACAAACGAAGGAAAUGAUACCGAAGGUGUUACAGCGGAUUUUCAAUCGGCUAUUUCGCAAGCCCUCCGAGAUUUAUCAGUCACUGCAGAAAAUAUGCAGAAUUCCGGAGGAGAAUUUGGUGAAUCCGAAUUGGCAGCAAUGUUAGAACAGUCAAAUUUAGAAGAAGCUCCUGGUGAAUUUUUACCAUUUAUGCAAGGAAUGAUGCAAUCAUUACUGUCAAAAGAAGUUCUCUAUCCAUCGCUAAAAGAUUUGGUGGAAAAAUACCCACAAUGGUUAGAGGAGAAAAAAGAUACAUUAUCGUCAGAGGAUUUCACAAGAUAUUCUAAGCAAUUGGAACUCAUGGGAAAGGUAUGUGCGGAGCUGGAAACAGAAAAAGAAGACGACACGGACGAAAUAAAGAAACGAAGAUUCGACAAAACAUUAAUGUUAAUGCAAGAGAUGCAAACGUGUGGUCAUCCACCUGAAGAUUUAAUUGGCGAGCAACCGCCACUCUUUCAAUCGGAUGGAUCAGGAAAUCCAAUUGUCCCAUCAUUUCCGCCUAUUGGCGAUCCACAAAAUUGUUGUCUCAUGUGAAACGCAGCCUCUCUUUUCAGUUUAUCGUCAAUUUAUUAAAAAAAAAAAAAAGAAAAAAACCAAACAGAAAAGACCAUUGAAAAGCGUUUUUAAUUGAGAAGAAAAAAAAAUAAAGUGCAAUCAUACCCUCCUUCGAAAGUGUAUCAUCGAGAAAUAAAAAUAUCUGUACAUUGUAAAAUUAUUUAUAGAAAAACAAUUGACUCACGCAACAAGAUUUUUUCCUCUAAACAAAUAUAUCUAAAGGAACGCAUUUUGAUCAUCAAUAUUUGUACAGCGUGUACGGUAAUGAAUUUGUGUAUAAAAAAAAAUUGAUUAGUAAAUUAUUUCUAUUCUUCAGAAAUGAA